GUGAUCGGAGCCCUCGUCCUCACCGUUGGGAUUUAUGCAGAAAUUGAAAGACAAAAGUACAAAACUCUAGAAAGUGCCUUCCUAGCCCCAGCAAUUAUUCUGAUACUUCUGGGCAUUAUCAUGUUCCUGGUAUCCUUUGUGGGUGUGCUGGCUUCUCUGAGAGACAAUUUAUGCCUUCUGCAAGCAUUCAUGUAUAUCCUCGGUAUCUGUCUGCUGAUUGAGCUGACGGGUGGAGUGGUGGCCCUGAUCUUCAGAAACCAGACAAUCAAAUUUUUGAACGAUAACAUUAGAAGAGGAAUUCAGAAUUACUAUGAUGAUUUAGACUUCAAGAACAUCAUGGAUUCUGUUCAAAAGCAGUUUAAGUGCUGUGGUGGGGAAGAUUACAAAGACUGGUCCCAGAAUGUAUACCACAACUGUGCGGCGCCGGGACCUCUGGCCUGCGGGGUGCCCUACACUUGCUGCAUCAGAAACAAAACAGACACUAUCAACACUAUGUGUGGAUACAAAACCAUUGACCAAGAGCGCCUGAGUGUGCAGCAUGUCAUAUACGUUCGAGGGUGCACGAAUGCAGUGCUCAUCUGGUUUCUGGACAACUACAGCAUCAUGGCUGGCGUGCUGCUCGGCAUCCUGCUGCCCCAGUUCCUGGGAGUGCUGUUGUCCCUGCUGUACAUAACUCGAGUGGAAGAUAUCAUCACCGAGCACAAGCUGAGUGAGAGGCUGUUCGUGGACGGGCAGCAGAGCUCUGCCCCCGAGUUCCCAGAGGCUGGCUGCUGCAUGUGCUACCCGGGCUGA